GCCCUGCGUCACUGCUGCUCCCAAACACGCCCGACCUGAAAGUGCGGUUCCUGCCGGUGCCACCGCGGCCGUGACUCACCGGCCCCGACGCCGCGGGGAUGGUCGCGCUCCGGCGGCCAUGGCCGCUCAGCAACAAUCGGGGCUUGUCUCUUCCAUCACCCCCCCCUUCCCUCCCUCCAACCAACGUGGGCACAGCCAUUCCUGCCCCCCGGCCCCCGCUCCGCAUGGACGGGUUGUGGGUCCCGGCCCCAUAACCACCGCGGUGCUGUUGGCCCCGGUUGUCCCCGCAUGGGGACAUGGGGUGGGAGCACCAUCCAGGAAGCCCAUCGGAAGCUGUUGGGAGCAGCCCCGCAGAUAAGCGGCCGCCGGCAGAGCUGUGGCAUUUCCUGCGGAGGCCGGGGCCGCAUUCCCUAUGGGAUGAGGAUGGGAAGGGAGAGGGGACCCCGCUGAGCUCCUGCUCCUCACCCGCAGUGUGCACGGGCACCGACAUGAAGCUGCUGCGUCCAUCCAGCCCCGACAGCCACUACGAGACCCUGCGGCACCUGUACCAGGGCUGCCAAGUGGUGCAGGGCAACCUGGAGCUCACCUACCUGCCCCCCGAUGCCGACACCGCAUUCCUCAAGGACAUCAAGGAGGUGCAGGGCUAUGUGCUCAUCGCUGAGAACCAGGUUAUGGGGCUGGAGCUGCGGAACCUGCGCAUCAUCCGGGGCACGCAGCUCUUCCAGGACCGCUUUGCCUUGGCCGUGGUGGGCAAUGGUGGCACUGGUGGCACACAGGGGCUGCGGCAGCUCGGCAUGCGGCACCUCACAGAGAUCCUAAAGGGAGGAGUGCGCAUCGAGAGGAACCCGCAGCUCUGCUUCCAGGAGACCAUCCUAUGGGCUGACAUCUUCCAUCGGCACAAUGAGCUCCAGGAUGAGAUCCAUGUGGAGAGCACCCGCAGCCGAACCUGUCCCGACUGCCGAGCGCUGUGUGCCGAGGGGCACUGCUGGGGAGAGGGGCCAGGGGACUGCCAGACACUGACCAAGAGCAUCUGCCAUGGGUGCCCGCGCUGCAAGGGCACGAAGCCGACCGACUGCUGCCAUGAGCAAUGUGCUGCCGGCUGCACCGGCCCCAAGCACUCGGACUGCCUGGCGUGCCUGAACUUCAACCGGAGCGGGAUCUGUGAGCUCCAUUGUCCUCCCCUCGUCAUCUACAACUCAGACACCUUUGAGUCGGUUCCCAACCGCGAUGGACGUUACACGUUUGGAGCCAGCUGCGUGAGCCAGUGUCCCUACAAUUACCUGGCCACAGAGGUCGGGUCCUGCACCCUCGUGUGCCCCCACAACAGCCAGGAGGUGACGGUCAACAACGUGCAGAAGUGUGAGAAGUGCAGCAAGCCCUGCCCUGAGGUGUGCUAUGGGCUGGGAGUUGACUUCCUCAAGGGGGUCCGUGCUGUGAACGCCUCCAACAUCCAUCACUUCAAUGGCUGCACCAAGGUCUUCGGCAGCUUGGCCUUCCUGCCCGAGACCUUCACUGGGGACCCCAACACCAACACUGCACCCCUGGACCCCAAACUGCUGCGUGUCUUUGAGAGCCUGGAGGAGCUGACGGGGUACCUGUACAUUGCUGCCUGGCCGCCCGGGUGGCAGGACCUUGGGGCCUUCCAGAACCUGCGCAUCAUCCGGGGCAGGGUGCUGCACAACGGUGCCUACUCGCUGACGCUGCGGGACCUGCCGGUGCGGGCGCUGGGGCUGAGGUCCCUGCAGGAGAUCAGCAGUGGGAUGGUUCUGGUGCACCACAACCCCCAGCUCUGCUUCCUGCAGAAGGUGCCUUGGGACAGCAUCUUCCGCAACCCCCGGCAGCGCCUGUUCCAGACCCACAACAAACCCCCCGAGCAGUGCGAGAGCGAGGGGCUGCUCUGCUUCCACCUCUGUGCCCAUGGGCACUGCUGGGGUCCUGGUCCUACCCAGUGCGUGGCCUGCGAGCGGUUCCUGCGGGGCCAGGAGUGUGUGGCCUCCUGCAACCUCCUGGAUGGAGCCAUCCGGGAGCACACCAAUGGGACGCGGUGCCUGCCCUGCCACCCCGAGUGCCAGCCCCAGAACGGCACCGAGACCUGCUUCGGACCGGAAGCAGACCAGUGUGUGGCUUGUGCCCACUACAAGGAUGGGCAGCAGUGCGUGCGCCGGUGCCCCAGUGGGGUGAAGGCAGAUGCCUCCUUCGUGCCCAUUUGGAAGUAUCCGGAUGAAGAUGGUGUUUGCCAGCUCUGCCCCACUAACUGCACCCACUCGUGCACCAUCCGGGAUGAGGACGGCUGUCCCGUGGACCAGAAGCCAAGCCAGGUCACAUCCAUCAUCGCUGGUGUGGUUGGAGCUCUGUUGGUUGUUGUCCUCCUGCUCAUCACUGUUGUCUGCGUCAAGCGCCGGCGGCAGCAGGAACGCAAACACACCAUGAGGCGCCUGCUGCAGGAGACCGAGCUGGUGGAGCCCCUGACGCCCAGCGGGGCCCUCCCCAACCAGGCCCAGAUGAGGAUCCUCAAGGAGACAGAGCUCAAGAAGGUCAAGGUCCUGGGCUCUGGGGCGUUCGGCACCGUCUAUAAGGGCAUCUGGAUCCCUGAUGGGGAGAGCGUGAAGAUCCCGGUGGCCAUCAAGGUCCUGCGGGAGAACACAUCCCCCAAAGCCAACAAGGAGAUCCUGGAUGAAGCCUAUGUGAUGGCAGGGGUGGGCAGCCCCUACGUGUCCCGGCUGUUGGGCAUCUGCCUGACGUCCACAGUGCAGCUGGUGACACAGCUGAUGCCCUAUGGCUGCCUCCUGGACUACGUGCGCGAGAACAAGGACCACAUUGGCUCCCAGGACCUGCUCAACUGGUGUGUGCAGAUAGCCAAGGGGAUGAGUUACCUGGAGGAGGUUCGGUUGGUGCAUCGGGACCUGGCUGCUCGCAAUGUCCUGGUCAAGAGCCCCAACCACGUCAAGAUCACUGACUUUGGGCUGGCGCGGCUGCUGGACAUCGAUGAGACCGAGUACCAUGCGGAUGGUGGCAAGGUCCCCAUCAAGUGGAUGGCACUGGAGUCCAUCCUGCGCCGGCGCUUCACGCACCAGAGCGAUGUCUGGAGCUAUGGCGUCACCGUAUGGGAGCUGAUGACGUUUGGGGCCAAGCCCUAUGAGGGGAUCCCUGCUCGGGAGAUCCCAGACCUGCUGGAGAAGGGCGAGAGGCUUCCGCAGCCUCCCAUCUGCACCAUUGAUGUCUACAUGAUCAUGGUGAAAUGCUGGAUGAUCGACUCCGAGAGCCGGCCCCGGUUCCGGGAGCUGGUCACCGAGUUCUCCCGCAUGGCACGAGACCCUCAGCGCUUCGUGGUCAUCCAGAACGACCUGGCCGGGCUGCCUGGCUCCAUGGACAGCACCUUCUACCGGGCGCUGCUGGAGGAGGAGGACAUGGAGGACCUGGUGGAUGCUGAGGAGUACCUGGUUCCUCACCACGGCUUCUUCAGCGCCGACACCUCCACCACGUACCGGAGCUGCGUGUCCUCCAUGCGGAGCACAGCAGAGACCCCAGUGGAUGCAGAGGAGGGUGAGGCCUUGGCCCCGUUCCCCUUCCCACCGCAGGGUGCGGUGGAGGGGCCGGAGGGCCCCAUGCCGGAGGUGCCGGAUGGGGAUGUGGGGGUGAAGGGGACCCUGCAGAGCCCAUUGCCGGUGCGGGAGCCCAUCACUGCGGCACCAAGGUACAGCGAGGAUCCCACUGCACCGGCGGCUGAGGACAGCGAGGAGCCCCAUGGCACCCAUGGCACCCAUGGUACCCACAGCACCCAUGAUGAUGCCAUGGAUGGGGGGGCUCAGCAGAGCAGCCUCCGGGAGCCCCCCGGGCCGGGAAGCACGGAGCAGGAGGAACGGGAUGGGGGCGAGGGCCCCCCCGAGCUCAAGCGCUCCCAGCCCCUCCUCAUCCAUGGCUGCAGCCGGCAGCCUCUGGAAGAGGAGCCUCGCUCCUCGUCGCUCCCCAGCAUCCCCAACCCGUUCCCUGAGCUCUGCAGUCCCUCCAACUCCCCCAUCCUCAGCAGCCCGGCCCUGGGGCAGGGUCCCCCCCGCGAUGGAGCCUCCCAUGUGGUGAAGGUGUUCGGGGAGGACGGAGCCUGCCGCUCGCUGGAGGCGGCCGAGGGGACCACAGCUCGGCAGCUCUGCCAGACCCUGGUGCGGAGGACACGAUCCCUGCAGGACCAGAGCUGGGCUCUGGUGGAGCUGCACCAGCACCUGGGGCUGGAGCGGUGCCUGGAGGACCACGAGCUGGUGCUGGAGGUGCAGAGCUCUUGGCCCCCAGGCUCUGACACCCGCUUCGUGUUCCGCAAGAACUUUGCCAAGUACGAGCUCUUCCGGAGCCCUGCGCAGUCCCUGUUCCCCGAGGUGAUGGUGUCCAGCUGCCUGGAGGCCAACAAGAGCAUGGCUCACUCUGAGCUCAUCCAGAACUUCCUUAACUCCGGGAGCUGCCCCGAGGUCCAGGGUUUCCUGCAGCUGCGGGAGCCUGGACGCAAGGUCUGGAAGCGUUUCCACUUCUCCCUGCGCCGCUCGGGGCUCUAUUACUCCACCAAAGGCACCUCCAAGGACCCCAGGCACCUCCAGUACUUCGCUGACCUCUCCGAGUCCAACAUCUACUACGUGACGCAGGGAAAGAAGCUCUAUGGGACACCCACCGAGUUCGGCUUCUGCAUCAAGCCCUACAAGGUGCGGAGCGGUGUGAAGGGCCUGAAGCUGCUCUGCAGUGAGGAUGAGCAGAGCCGGAGCUGCUGGAUGGCAGCUUUCCGACUCUUCAAGUAUGGCAUGCAGCUCUACCGCAACUACCAGCAAGCCCAGGCGCGCCUGAGCCAGCCCCACUGGAUCGGCCCCACACCCCUGCGAAGUGUCUCGGACAAUGCACUGGUGGCCAUGGACUUCUCGGGGUGCACGGGCCGAGUGAUCGAGAACCCCAGUGAGGUGCUGAGCGUGGCCCUGGAGGAGGCUCAGGCCUGGAGGAAGAAGACAACACACCGGUACAGCCUGCCGGCAGCAUGCCACAGCUCCCCGCUCAGCGCCGUGAUCCAUCGCACCCAGCCCUGGUUCCAUGGGCGCAUCUCCAGGGAGGACACACAGCAGCUCAUCGGCCGGCAGGGCUUGGUGGAUGGCGUGUUCCUGGUGCGGGAGAGCCAACGUAACCCUAAGGGCUUCGUCCUGUCCCUGUGCCACCUGCAGCGGGUCAAGCACUACCUGAUCCUACCGAGUGAGGAAGAGGGGCGGCUUUACUUCACCAUGGACGACGGACAGACCCGGUUCGCAGACCUCAUCCAGCUGGUGGAGUUCCAUCAGAUCAACCGCGGCAUCCUGCCCUGCAGGCUGCGGCACUACUGCACCUGCGUGGCCCUGUGAGCCCAGCACCGGCGCAGGAUGCGGCCCCUCGGGGCAGGGACACAGCGGAGCCUCCAUCCCCCCCCAACCCAAACCGGUGCCGCUUUGCCUGUGGGGUCCGGGGGUGCCACCCCCAAACUCAAGCACUUUGUUCACCCCCAUCCCCACAGCACCAGCCCCGAGUGUCCCCCCGGGGGGGGGGUCUGGAGCUCCUCACUGCCAGGCCAGGCGGGUUUGGGGGUGCCAGGGGAAGGGGUGAGGGGGGCACCCAGCACCCGGUGUGUUGUGUCCCCCCCCAAGGCCAGUUCAACUGUGAUGUGUUUUAUACCAUUGACAAUAAAGGUUAUUUUUGCAGA